CAUCACUCUGUCUAUCCCUAAAUAAAAUAAUCAUAAUAAUAGUAAUUUAAGUGGUGUUCAGCAUGCACACCUUUUCAGUUCGAGAUCUUGUGAAUCGUGAAUUUAAACUUAUAUGGGUUUUGACUAAACUCAGAGUGUGAAAAAAGGAAGAGUCGACUUCAUCAAGGUUUUUUAUAACUAGGGACUAGGCUCAUCAAGACACCUCUCUCUCUCUCUCUCUCUCUCUCAGAAGAAUAGUAUGGAGGGAGAAACAAAGAGGAGGACGAUGGUGGGUGAGGAAGAUGAAGAUGAAGAAGAGAAGAUAGAGAAGUUCUUUGCUAUCAUAAGGAAUACGCGUGAAGUGCAACAACGACUCGUCGGAAGCCGGCCGAAGGAGGACGAGAAGGAGGAGGCAAAGGAAGAGAAGCCAAGCGGCGGCAAGUGGAACCCAACAUUCCAGCUGGAGGAUUUCGCGGAGGAUGCUCUCUCCAAAGGUUCUUCUUCAAAGGGAGCAGGACCUUCCAGGAGGGAAGAAAACAAGGAAGGAGAAGGGGGAGGUGAUGGUUUAGACCUUAAGCUUUCCUUGUAGAGGGUUUGGAAUCCAAGAAUGAGCAUGCAGUGAACUGUUCAACAGAGAACUGUAGUAUGUAUGCCAUCUAAGAAUAUGAAGAGGGGGACUGAUGAACACUUGGGUUGUCUGAUCCCCUAGAAAAUCCCUGUGAUUAGUUAGCAGUUUCAUUCUUGAAAGCAAAUGAAGCAUCUUGCCUUGUAUGAGAAACAAUCAUGGCCUAAAGAGAGAUAAUUCUUCUUUUCAGGAUUAAAAAUCGAGUCAAGUUUAAUAAAUAUGAUCAAGCAGCCCAUUGCACUGCUA